CUCCCGCGGGUACACCGUACAGGGGCUGUCCGGACCCAUUCACCCGUAGUGCGCAUGCGUAGCCCGGCCUAGGCGCUCUCUUCCGCCCCGGGCCUGGCAGCAGCUGGAGGAACGGGGACCGCCCCGGGCCCAGCAUCGCCGACCCACACAUCUAGUGCUUGGGCCAGGGCUGGGCAAGAGGCAGCCAUGACAAGCUCCCCUGUUUCCAGAGUUGUUUACAAUGGCAAGAGGAACAGCAGCCCUCGCUCCCCAAGCAACAGCAGUGAGAUCUUUACUCCUGCACAUGAAGAGAAUGUGCGCUUCAUCUAUGAAGCAUGGCAGUGUGUGGAGCGGGAUCUCCGCAGCCAGAUGGCAGGUGGCGAACGGGGCCUUGUGGAAGAGUAUGUGGAAAAGAUACCAAACCCCAGUCUGAAGGGGAGAGGAGCCAGUUCAUUCCUGUUAAUCACACGUUUCUGUUUUCCUGUGGCUGGAGUGAAUGUACAGUAGUAAUGGUCAAAUUAUGCAUUCAAACCUGUUGAUUUGAGUGACUUAAAGCGACGGAACACACAGGAUGCUAAGAAAUCCUAAGGUGGCUUGGCUUGGCCCAGCCCCAAUCUCUGGCACAUGGACACUGAUCCAUGAAUUCGAUGACUUUGUGUUGGUUUCCUUCUUUGGUCUGGAUUGUGCCUGGGGCUGGCUCUGAAUUCCCUAGAAAAGAUAGGCUUUGUGCCUCUCCUUCACAGCAUCCCCUGGCCUGGGCUGCCUGCCUUCACUCUACAGUUGGCCCCAGGAGUUCUCCUUUUCCCUAGUAAAUGACAUUUUGCUCUGAUGGUGGCCAAGAGACUGGUGUAUACCCUGCCAUUUUUAAGAAUAUGGAGUAAGGCAGAAUGGAAUCAGGAACAACCUGACCUAUUUUCUCCCUGAACUCCUCUCAAAGCCCAGCCCUUCUUAGGAAGAGGCCAAGAGAAGACAAUGGGAUGGAAGCAGUAAUGGUUUCUGUUGCCCAUCCUGCCAUUUUCAGUCUGAGAAGUUAGAAUGGUAACUCAACAUAAACACCUGAACUUUUCUCAGGUGAAUGAAAGGGUGUUGUACUGCAACCUCUGUCUGUCUGUGUUAAGCUCCUUGGGGCAAUGGUGGGGGAGAACAGAAAAUAAAAGCUGAGAGCCCAAGUACCAUGUUCCCCUGAGAGCAAACUCUUUUAAGGUUACUGCAGUAUGGGAUAGAAUGGCACCCUGUGCUGAGGAGAUACUCCCAUGUGUUGCUGUCACUAUGCCCUGCUGACUUGUAGCCCCAGCCAGGGGGCGAGCAGUAUUUCUGAGCUAGCCCCAGAGCCAGCCCUAUGCCCCAGCAGUACUGGGGGAUAGACUUAGUGUGUUCUGGGCCCUGGCAGGUGACAGAACUGCCUGUUCUUGUGUCCAGCCCAGCCACUGAUGUUGGAGAUCCUGCCCAGGGUGGGUAGGCAAGGGGCAUGGUGGCUGUUCCUUUUGUUAUGUCCUCUCUUGGUCUGUGUCUGUUGUUAAGGAGUGUUGUAAAUAAACGCUGGUUAGUCAUUUUGA